UCCUAGGGCUGUCAGUAGGUCGGUUUUGGUUUAAUCGAAAAUCGAUUUCUUGAUUAUCGAUUAAACAGGGACGACGUUGACAACCACCGACCGCCCAUCAUGUCACGAUUAGCGGCCGACCAAUCGACCGAAUUUCGGUUAAAACCUCGGUUAAUCAACUACCCGAAAUAAAGGGGGAAAAUUUAAAAACAAAAAGGGAGAAAGAGUAGUAGAGUACGACUCUGACUCUUCAUCUCUCCUCAUCUCUUCUCAUCUCCUCGUCCCUCCCAAUCCUGCCGCCGCUACCAAGAAGGAGGAGAAGGAGGAAGGAUGGCGGCGGUGACUCGUGAAGAGGAAGGACAGCGACGGCUCUUCAUCUCCUCCGACCUAUCUUCCCGCCAUUGGUCACAAAUCCUCCCGCUGCACCCAUCAAUCCCUAGAUCAAGAAUCCAUAAUCCCACCUUCUUCGCCGCCGUCCCUGCAUGGCUGCAUCUCCAGACUAGAUCAAAGUGAUCUGACUUCUUCCCACCAACAAUCGUCGUCAGAUAGGGGUGGGCAAACGGUUCGGUAAACCCGAACCAAAGCGAACCGAAACCGAAUUAAACUGAACCAAAAUCGAAUUAAUGCUAUUUGGUUCGAAAUUCGGAAGGAAAAUAUGGAUAGUUAGGAAAUCAGGGUUCUUUCAACCGAACCGAAUUUCCGAAUUUCCAACCGAAAAACCGAAAUACUAUAAUUGCAAGCUCCAAAUGAUGGAUUUUUAUGUUUGUAGUUGUUUUUAGACUUAAAUAUUUGAAAUGUUUUAAGACUUAUGUGUUGAAAAGUUUGGUUUUAUCAUUGAUGAUGCAUAUAAUUGAUAUUUAUUAUUUAUAUUAGGGGUGAAAAAUAAUUUAAAAGUGAGAAAAUACAAGUAGCUUCACAAAUUCGUUUUUGUGUGAAAAACCGAACCGAACCGAAUUAUAAUUCUGUUUAAACCGACCGAACCGAAUUAUAAUUCGGUUCGAAUUUGGUUUGAGGUUUGGGAGAAUUCGGGGAUCCGGUAUUCAUAAUUUCGGUUCGAUCGAAACCGAACCGACCGAAUGCCCACCCCUACCGUCAGAUUAGUAUGGAAGAAGACAUGGUCACCUGGGUUUUUGUUUUUGGGGGUGCGGCAAGGAAAAGAAGAGGAAGGGGGCGAGCAGGAGCCGAGGAGCGGCGGAUUGGAGAUCUGUGGUCGCGGGGGCGAGUGAAGGAGAGGAAGGGCGGAGUGGUGGGGCUAUCGGAAGGAGUGGACGGGCGAAGUGGCGGGGUCGUGAACGGGAGACGGCGGCGAAAUUAGGGAACGAAGGGUUUUGGAAGGUGGAGGAGAGGCGGAGUUCGAUGGACGAGGAAAGUGAUGUUAGGGUUAGCCGGUUAGGUUUCGAUUUUUGUGGGGGAGAUUGUGGAAAUUGGGCUAGAAAUGGUGUCGCUUGACAAUAAUUAGGUGGACUUCGGUUAGCUCGGUUAGUCGCGGUUAAUUGCCACCGGUUAUUCGGCUAGCCGAACUGCCACCCCUUGUUAAUCCCGAACAAGGUAAGGGCUAUAUAAAUAAAACCAACAAGUGCAUUCCUCCGCAAAAUCAAGUUACUUACUGCAAACAAAAUCCGCCGGUAUAUUUAUAUACACCCUCCAAUGGCGGCGGCUAAUCGGUCUACCACGCUUGCCGCUUUGGCAACAGUGAUCAUGAUUAUACCCGCCGUUGCCAUGGCCGCCCAACAUAUCGUCGGCGACACUCAAGGGUGGAACGUCAGUGUCGACUUCAAGAAAUGGGCUGGGGACAGAGAGUUCUACGUCGGAGACAUCCUAGUGUUCAACUACAACAAAUCGCACGACAGCGUGAUCCAAGUAAGAAGCGGGCCGGACUUCCAGGCCUGCGUUCCGUUGGGCGACAUUCUGGACAGCGGGAACGACAAGGUGGGCCUGGACACCGUCGGCAAACGUUGGUUCAUUAGCGGAGUCGCCGCCCACUGUGCCGAUUCCCAGCAGAAGCUCGUCGUUGACGUGGAAGGUGUUGCUGCUGCAGCGCCGGGUUCCGGUUCCACCACUCCUGUCUCCGACCCCAACACCAACGCUGCUGCAUAUAGUGUAGCAGCCGGCGGUUUUGUUGCUGCUGCUGCGGCAGCUUCAGUUGCCUUGGCCAUUGUUUUGGCUUAAUAUGCCUCGUGCGUGCUAAUUAGUUCAUCUUCUUCUUUUUUUCUUUUUUCUUUUGGUGUUCCUCCAUGGCCAUGGGUUGAUUUGCAACGAAUAAGAAAAUCAAGGACUAUUUGGGCUUUGGUAUUAUCAAUCUGCGACGCACGCACAGGUUGUAGAUUUUUUCAAUAAAAAUGCUACUUGGUACUAUCGAUCACAACUUCUUGUAUCGUUUUGUAAUAAAUUUUAGGGCUAAUACCACUACAACACCCGAACUAUGAACAAAAUGUCACUUGUGUCCUAUUCUUUCCAAUAUUUCAUUUCUGUCCUGAACUAUGAUAAUUUAUGUCGUUUGUAUCCUGACGAUUUUGUUGACCGUUAAAUCUAACGGUUGACCUGACGACGGUCAAAAUUUUGUUGACUUUUGGUGACAUGGCAUCCACAUGGAUUGACAUGUUAUUAUAGUUCAAAAUCAAAUUAUAAUUAAAAUAAGGAAAAUAAAUAAUUAUUAAAAAAUGUCGCCGCUCCGCCCCAGCUCUGCUCUCUCCGGCGAUUACCAACUCCAAACAUCUCUCGAAUCCGAUCACGAUCACAUCGCCGCUCCACCCCAACUCUGUUCUCACAUGCUUCUACUAGAUUCAAUACCCAGCUCGAGGUCAGCUGAUAAUCGGCUUUAAUAUAUCGGAUUCUUGAAC